UGCUCUGUCUGCACUUCUCUCUCUCUGGCUUUCUCUCAGCUUUGUCUCUCACUCUACCGAUGCCUUUGUUCUUUCGUCUCUUCUUACUUUUCCGGGGGAGUUUGAGUAUCAGGAGAAGAUGCGCAUUCAAAUAAAUCGCUGUCGGUGCACUUCCAGAAGUUCGUCUCUUCACCGGUGUUUGCUCUCCACGGUGUGCUGACCGAAAAGCCGAAUGUUCCGGUUCGGACUGCUUGUUUUCGGGUGAAAGAUGGCUUGUGUUUUCCGCUCCUGCAUCGGCGGAGCGGUGCUGCUGCUGAGGGUAUUGCUACUAUGCACGGUGGAGUUCCGCACCGGCGAUGCCGUGCACGGCGGGAGUUUGGUCACUUUCAGAGCGCUCGGGGGCUCACCUGUGAAUGAGUCGCUCCCGCCACCGGACGCAGAGAGCGAGAGCAUGGACGGACUAGUGCGGACAAUAGACCGAAUUUAUCACGGAGGUGGAAAAGCGGGGUACCUGCUCUACCUAGACGGGAAGCGCUUCCAGUUGGAUAUGGAGAGGGAUGAGGCGCUUCUGUCCCAUCACUUCAGUUCCAAAUAUGUGACUUCGCAGCUGGGGGCGGAUGAAGGCGCACCGGCCCUUCACCGGGAGUGUGUUUACAGAGGGACCGUGGACUCGAAUCCGGAGUCCUUGGCGGUGUUUACCUUGUGCGGUGGCGGUCUCGAGGGAUUUUUCGCGGUGGAACAUGCCCGUUACACUAUCAGACCGCUGGUACGAGCCAAAGGUCACGAAAACGACGUGCACGUGAUAGAGGACGCGGACGCGGAGCGCGCGCUCCACUACUUCGUCCGCGAGAGCUUCAGCUUCGAGGAGAUGUCCACCGGCGAGAGCUGCGGCACGCGGGAGAAGCGACGCCGGAGAGAUCCCUCGGGGAAGCGCCGGCGGAAGGGCCGGGGAAAGGGCAAGGGCAGCCGUCACGGAUAUGCCCUGAAGGCGGACGAUGACCACCACGGAGCGCACGGGAGGCGGUGGUGGCAGAAGUUUUCCAAGUCCGUGGCGUUCCAGAGCGACAACGUCAAAAGGCGCAGGAGGUCGGUGUCCCGCGCCAGGUAUGUCGAGCUGCUGCUUGUGGCCGACGAGUCCAUGACAAAGAAGUAUGGCAAAGACUUGAACCACUACCUGCUGACGCUCGCCUCGAUCGCAUCCAAGCUGUACGGACACGCCAGCAUCGAGAAUCCCAUCCGACUGUCCGUGGUGAAGGUGGCCACGGUGACGGAGAAGGAGAAAGGUCUGGAGGUGUCCAAGAACGCCGCGGCCACCCUCAAGAGCUUCUGCAAGUGGCAGAACCAGCAGAACCCGCUGGAUGACGACCACGAGAACCACCAUGACGCCGCGAUUCUCUUCACCAGGCAGGAUCUGUGUGGGCACCACUCCUGUGACACUCUGGGUAUGGCAGACGUUGGCACCAUCUGUUCGCCGGAGCGGAGCUGCGCUGUGAUAGAGGACGACGGCCUGCACGCUGCCUUCACCGUCGCUCAUGAAAUAGGCCACCUGUUGGGCCUUUCCCACGACGACUCCAAGUUCUGCGAGGAGCGCUUCGGCUCGCUGGAGGACAAGAGGCUCAUGUCGUCCAUCCUCACGUCCAUCGACGCGUCCAAGCCCUGGAGCCGAUGCACCUCCGCCACCAUCACCGACUUCUUUGACGACGGCAACGCCGAGUGUCUGCUGGACACCCCGCGCCAGCCUAUGCUGGGCCCCGAGGAGCUGCCGGGCCAGAGCUACGACGCCGUGCGCCAGUGCCGGCUGGCCUUCGGCCCCGAGUACACCGUGUGCCCGGGCAUGGACGUCUGCGCCCGCCUGUGGUGCGCCGUCAUCCGCAAGGGCCAGAUGGUGUGCCUGACCAAGAAGCUGCCCGCCGUGGAGGGCACCCCGUGCGGCAAGGGGCGCAUCUGCCUACAGGGCAAGUGUGUGGACAAGACCCGCAAGAGACAUUACUCGGCCUCCAACCAUGGCAGCUGGAGCUCUUGGGGGUCGUGGGGUUCGUGUUCGCGUUCGUGCGGUGGUGGAGUGCAGUUCGCCCAGCGCCUGUGCAACAACCCGCCGCCCCGCAACAACGGCCGCUACUGCACAGGCAAGAGGGCCAUCUACAGGUCCUGCAACGUGGUGCCCUGCCCCCCCAACAGUAAGACGUUCCGUCAGGAGCAGUGCGAGGUGAGGAACGGGCCCCAGACGGACCCGAAGGGCGUGAAGACGCACGUGGAGUGGGUGCCCAAGUUCGCCGGCGUCCUGCCCAAGGACGUGUGCAAGCUGACGUGCCGCGCCAAGGGCACGGGCUACUACGUGGUGUUCUCCCAGAGGGUGACCGAUGGGACAGAGUGCAGGCCGUACAGUGGCUCGGUGUGUGUGAAGGGGAAGUGUGUCCGUACGGGCUGUGAUGGCAUCAUCGGCUCCAAACUACAGUAUGACAAAUGUGGCAUCUGUGGAGGAGACAGCACCAGCUGUAUCAAAGUAGCAGGCAACUUCACCAAGAAGAGUAAGGGCUACACGGACGUGGUGAAGAUCCCCGAGGGCUCCACGCACAUCAAGGUGCGUCAGCACAAGCCCAAGGGCCAGCUGCGCUACACGGCGUACCUGGCCCUGCGCCGGCCCGGCGCCGGCGGCGAGUACCUGCUCAACGGCAAGUUCAUGAUCUCCACCAGCGAGACCAUCAUCCCGCUCAACGGCAGCGUGCUCAACUACAGCGGCUGGAGCCAGCGCGACGAGGCGCUGCACAGCAUGGGGCCCGGGGCGCUGCGCGAGGCCGUCACCGUCCAGAUCCUGGCCACCGACAGCAAGAAGCCGCUGGACAUCCGCUACAGCUUCUUCAUGCCAAGGGGUCAGGGGUCGGCGGCGGGGUCGGCGGCGACGUCUGGGUCCAACGGCGAGCAGUCGCUGUUGUCUCCGGCGUGGGUGACAGGCGCGUGGAUGAGCUGCUCGCGGACGUGCGACACGGGCUGGCAGAGCCGCACCGUCCAGUGCAAGGACCCGCAGGGCCGGCUGGCCAAGGGAUGCGCGCUCAGCGCCCGGCCCUCGGCCUUCAAACACUGCCUGGUCAAGAAGUGCUGAGCAGCGCUGGCCCUUAGGGGGGGGAGGAGGAGGACAGACAGAACAGACAAUAAAGGGAGGAGAGGAGAGAAGGACAGAGCUCUCUCUCUCUCUCUCUCUUUCACUCAUACUCUCCCUCGGCCUCUUCCGGGACGGUGCCACAGACUCCAUAGAGGUCACCUGGCUUGACCCCUGCCUUCCACUUUUGCGCUUUUCCGCGGCUUGGACGAACGCUCUUGAGAUUCUUCCGGAGGUGUGCCUGUGACUGCUUUUAAGAAGCCCCUCCUCUUUUCGCCUGGGUCUGUCCCCCCCCCCUCUCCUCUUUUCCCGCCGGCCCCAUCACAAAUCCCCCAAAGCCACUUCCUCUUCCUGAACGCCAUGCCCCACCUCUCUCUCUCUCUCACGCGGUCCAGAAUAUUCCUCUUCGCUCCGUCCGUCUUCAGAGCAAAACUUGAAGCGCUGGCCAUUGGUCUCAUAUAGCAGGUCUGCUGGUGUGUGAGUUUGAGUCACUGCCCUGGACGCCAGGGGUUUGAACUGUGACUGGGCACACUAUGUGUGUGUGUGUGUGUGUGCGUGUGUGUGUGUGUGUGUGUGUGUGUGUGUGUGUGGUCGGUCAGUCGGUCAAACUGCCCAGCACAGACCAGGUGUAUGUGAGGGGGACCAUGGGGGACUCAGAAGCAGUCCAGAGCUGCUCAACCACAACCACAAGGGGGCAGUACUGACCCGAGUACUGCUGCUUACCCUGGAUGGACACUGGGGGCUUGUCAGGCCAUGUGUGUGUGUGUGUGUGUGUGUGUGUGUGUGUGUGUGUCUUCUCCUCAGAGACUGUGUUUGGGAAUGAGAAGCCUGACAGUGUGUACAAUACAGUUCCACCACCAGUUUAUAUGUGUGUGUGUGUGUGUGUGUGUGUGUGUGUGUGUACAGUGUGAAUGAGUGAAUGAAUAUGUGUUUUGUUUUUUUGUGUUCUUUUUGUUAACUUUGUUUUUUUUGCUUCUGGACUCUUCGGAAGGACACUCGGUGCAGUUUCAUGUGUGUUGCCAUGGGAACCCAGGAGGAGGGGUGCUACCAUUUGUAAAACAGUUUCCAUGGUUCCAAUGUAUGUCCGUCUGCUUGUCUUAAAUUGACAAUGUGUGCCCUGAAAACUCGCAAAGCACAGCAUGAGGGAAACCUAUCCUGUCAAACAGGUCCAAUUACUCCUCAGUCUCUCUCUCUCUCUCUCUCUCUCUCUCUCUUUCUCUCUCUUUACUUUGCCAUUCCUCAUUCACUCUCAUCCUCUCCACAGUCAACUCGUCUUUGUUGAAACAGAUAUUUUAAGCUAAAGACAUUUGAACACAGAAAACAAAUACCAUAAAGACACACACACACACACACACACACACACACACAUAUAAUCAUAUAAUCAUACACACACACAUGCUCACGGUCAGUAACUGAAUAUAUGAUGCCUUGUUCUUAUACAUUCCCAGCUCCCGUUCUGCCACCUUGCUAUAAACAGGAAGUCAAAAGCCCUUUUCAGAAAUGUGCACAGAUCCUAAGAAUAAUAACAGUAGCCUCGUAAAGGUAUGUGUCUGGACUAGAGAUAACAUGUAGCUCUUAUCGUAUAUGUGCAAAAUAAAACCAAGAAUACACAUAUCUGAUAUCCAUAGUAAGACAGUCGUCAGAGGAGAAUGUGGGAUAAAUGCCAUUGUAAACUGAGAAUGAACAACUGCCUACGCCAGCACGGUAUAGCAUUCUGUAUCACUCAUAGUGUAACAUGUGAGUGAGUGUGUGUGUGUGUGUGUGUGUGUGUGUGUGUGUGUGUGUGUGUGUGUGUGUGUGUGUGAAAGAGAGAGAGUGUUUGUGUGAAUGUCUGUGUAGAAGGUGGGUGGUGGGUGGUGGGUGUGCAGUCUCACCUUGAAUUACGAAGCCUUAAUUAUUUACAGGCCCCGCAGGCGGUCUAAACCCCGCCUAUAGACCACAGCCUUGGGGUCCGUCUGAGUACAGCCAGUUUGUAUCCCGCGUAGUCACGUAGAGACAAGGGCACGUUUACAAUUCACAACCUCAUCUACUCCCUUUUAGACUUUUAAUUGAACAAAUGCCUGUCCCACAUGGCCAUACAUAGACAGACACACACACACACACACACACACACACAGCGCAGAAGGGUAGCUGUCCUAAACUCAAAGUAUUGUAUAUGUCUUCCUACUUUUUUCUCUUUCUCUCUCUAUCUAUUUCUCUCUCUCUAUCUAUUUCUUUCUCUCUCUCUCUCUUCUGCUCAGACCACCGCAAACACGGCACUGAAUUUAUAAUUUAUUGUUUGUAAACUGGUAUGUGAAAGAAAAAAAAACAUGCUGAAUCUAUUUAUUAUUAUGGGUCAUUUUGUAUGAUAAGUAAUAUUUAACUAGGACUAUGACUGAGCAGAUUAUUUCCUUUUAAAGAAAAUAGUGUUGUUUUGUUUUUUUUGUUUGUUUGUUUUUUUCCCAGUUAUUUGUAUGACCAUGUGUAUAUAAAAAAAAUCUAUAUUUAAAUGUCUACAAUUUAUUCUUCUGUUUGACAAGGUGUGUUUAGGACAAGUAUCAUUCCACCCAUCCAUCCAUCCAUCCAUCCAUCCAUCCCUCCAUCCUUCCAUCCUUCCUUUCCCCUCAUCUGUCUCUGCAUCCCUCCAUCCUAUCUACCGUUCUCUCGAUUGUACAUGGAAGCAAUCAUCUGAAAGCCAUUUUUUACACUCAAGUGCUUCGAACUCAAUUGGAUCUGUGAGGCCUCUGAUGCCUGGGUCUUUCUUUAUGACUUGGUUUGAUUAAACAUACCACUGAAUGCA